AUGGAUCCUAAACAAUCUUUAGAAAUUUAUACAUUUAUUUCAACUCAUUUAAGAGAAUGUAAAUUAUAAAGAGAUAGAAAGAUUUAAAAAAAUAUUAAAUUAAAAUAUAAAUGUUUUUGUACUGAUUUUUUUAAAGAUGAUGAUACAUUUUAAAGUUUAGAAUAAAUGAAAUAAUUUGCAAAAGAAUUAAUUGGUUAGACAUUAGAAGAUGAAAUAAUUGAAAACUAAGAUAUUAAUUUAAUGUUAAUAUAUAUUUAUUUUUUGGUUUAAAUUAAGAAAGUUCCAACUUAAGCAAUAUAUGAAGUUAUUAGAUUAUCUAUGAUGUAAAAAGUAAAGAACUAUUUUUAUUAUAUUAGGAAUAAACAUUAAAAUAAUAGGCAAUAAUAAGAAAAUUGAAACAUGAUGCUCUUGAUAAAUUUUCUGAAUUAGUUAGAAAAAAUGAUUUAGUAAAUUAGAAAUUUGUUUUUAAAAAAGUAUAUUAAUAUGAAGAAUCUUUAAAUGUAUUAAAAAGUAAUCUUUAGACUAUUGUUAAAUAAGAAAAAGUAUUUAUAUUUAUAGUAUAUAUUUUAGGAUUUCUAUGCUUGUAUUCUAACCUAAGUUAUUGAUAUUGAUUAAAUAGUUAAUAUUGGUUUUAAACUUCUUGAUAAUAUUAAAGUACUUGAAAAGUAAUUACAAUUAUUAUAUAAAACUAAUCCAUAAAGUAAUGAAUGUGAUACAAUUUACAAUAUAUUUCACAAAUACAUUCAUUACAAUAAAUUAAGACCUAAAUUAUAUAGGAGAGAUGGUUAAAUGAUGUUACAAUUCUUAUAAUCAAGUGAAAAAAUAAUAUAUGAUCCUGGUAGUUGUGUAAUAUAAAUUACUUUGCUUUAACCUAGAGGAAAUGUUAUUAGAUAUACAAGAACUUUUUAAAAGGCUAUAGGAUAUUAAGAUGAAGAAAUAUAAGAUUAAAAUAUUAAUAGAUUUAUGCCAUAAAUUAUUGCAAAUGAUCAUGAUUUAUAUUUAGAUAACUUUGUUGAAAGAGGGAGAAUUAAUGUAGUUAGAAAUGCAGUUAGAGUUAUUUUAGGUAAAACAAAAUCUCAAUUUGUUGUACCUAUCAAUACAAGAUUGAGACUUGAAGCUAGUACUACUGAAUUUGGUGCUACUGCAUUAAUUACACCAGUAAAUUUUACAUAUGGAUAUAUGAUGUUAAAUGAAUAAGGAUAAAUUGAAGAAUUGACUAAGAAUUUAUUUGAUGAUGUAUUUGAGAAAUAUUUAGGAGUUGAACUUGAAUGUGUUAAAGGAUUAGAUUGUUUAAUUUUUAUGCCAGAAUUAGCUAAAAUUUGGGAUAGUUUAUUUAAUGAACAUUUUGAAAAACUUGAUAUUAGAUUAGAAUGUCAUUUAAUAUUACCUUAGUUAUGUAAAUAGAUCUCAAAAAGUUUAUAAAGUUCAAGAACUACAGUAUUAAGCAAAUCAUUAUUAUAAUAAAAUAUUAUUAGAUCACUUGAAAAUUAACCAUAAGAAAAUGUUAUAUUUUAAGUUUCAUUACAUCUUAUGAGUUUAACUACAAUCAAUUUAAGGUUAUAUUAUUUAUUUAUUAUUAGAUUAGUCAUUUUAGAAAUGCCAGAAUACAAACAAGUCUAAAAUUAAAAAGUUACUAGUAGAUAAUUAAUUUAAUUAAGAUAUAGAUCUUCAUAAUUAUUAAAUUUUUCAACUUAAAAUGAUGUAAUUACUUAGAAGGUUGAUCUAUUGGCUUCUGCUAAUGAUUUAUAAUUUUAAAGAGAAAUUAGUGAAUGUGAUUUAGAAUAUGAAAAUGUUAUUGAAGAAUUGAAAAUGGUUGGGGAUUUAAGAAAUUAAUUAGCAUAAAUUAAUAUGAUUAAUUCAGCUCAUAAUCAAAAGUCAUCUAAAAGACUUAUUUAAGACAGUGAGAAUUAUUUUGAAGAUAGAAUUAUUGAACUUAGACAUAAUAUAAAUAUAUCAGAAAAAAGUAAUGAUUUAAGUGAUAGUGAAUCUGAAUUCAAAUAAAGAAUAUAAGAAUAAAAUUUAUAAUAUAAUUCUGGGUCUGUAGGAAGUAGAUCUUCUUAAAAUAAUACUACAGCAUUAAAAAGAUAAAUGAAAGAUUGUUUAUCAGAUAAUAGAGGUUUAAGUAUUCAAACUAAAUUAUUUUUAUUUACUAUAUAUAUUUUAGUUAUUUUAGGAUAUUUUGUGAAUUAUUUGAUAUUAUAUUUUGAAUUUGAAAGCAUAAAUUAAGACUAAAAUUAUGAAAAUUUACCAUUUUAAUUUUCAUAUUUUUAUAAUGAAUUUGUUAUAACUUAAUCAUUUAUAAAUGAUGAUAAAUUCCAAUUUAAAAAUUUAAGUGAAGUAACAUUAGACUUUUUUGUAGAUCAUAUUAAAGAUAUUGAUUAAACAAUAACAAGAUUACCACAUAUUAAUAUGAUUAAUAAUUUAACAAUGAAAAGUAGAAUGAUAAUUAUUUUAUCAUAAUUAUCAAAAGUAUAAAGAAUGAAUGAAGAAAUAUUUUAUUCAGAUUUUGUGAAUAACACUGAUUAAUUUAAUAUUUAAUUAAAUCUAAUGAAGAAUUCUUAAUCCAUUACUUAAUCAAAUGAUCUAGGAAUAUAGUAAAUCUUAAUAUAUAUAUUUUUAGUGUUCUUAUUGAAGAAAUAGUAUUAAUAUUAUUUCUAACUCGAUAUAUAUAUCUAUGUUUAAAAAUAAUUUAAAUGAAAACAAAAAUAUAUAAAUUAUUUUGCACUUUCUCAAAAGAAGUCAUUUAAGAAUAAUUUCUACAAUAUAGUUCCUUAUACAAUUAAUUAAAUAAUACAAAAUUUAAGAAUCAUGAGACUGAUGAAGAAUAAUUUGAAACAACAAUGAUGCGUUAAUAUCAAAAAACAGUAACUUCUAAUAUGUUAGAUAAACAUAAUAAAGUUGGAAAAUAAAUCUCAUUUAAAUGUAAUUAUUAUUUUGAUAUAUUUAAAUAGAAACAAAUUCUGCUUAGAUUUUCUUCUUUUUAUUUAUCUUUAUUUAUGCAUUUAUGUGUUCUUUUUAUUUUAUAGGGAGUUAUAUUCUUUAGAAAGAAACUUUAUCAAAUGUUUAUACAAGAUAAAAUGAAAAAACUUAAUUUGAGAUUACUAAUAAUUAUCUAUCAUUAUCGUAUGCAUAAUAAGCUAUUUUAUUAAAUUAGACAAUUUAAAAAGAUGGAAUAGAUAGAUAAAAUAUUACUGUUGAAAUUUUAAAAUCACUUACAACCAAUCUCUCUUAAUUUUAAUAAAGUUCAAAUAGUGAUAUCUAUGAUAUUUUAUCUAGUAGCAUUUGUUAAUUGCUAUUUAAUUCUUAGUAUAAUAUUAUAUUCUAAUUUAAUUAGUUAGUAUAGCUAUUUAGAAUAUGCAAAUCUAUUUAGUUUUGAAUAAUGUUAAUCUUAUCCCAAUCUCGAGAAAGGUUUAACUCUUGUUGUAUAAGAAUUAUAUUCAAAUCAAUUUGAGUUUUUAUAAUUGCUCUAAAUUAAUAAUUAAUCUAUCUAUUCUUUUUAAGAAUUCAUUAAAAAUUCUUAAUCAUAAGUUUAGAGAUUAUAUGCUUAAUAUGGAUUUCAUGUUAUAGUUGAAAUCAUAACAAAUACAAUUAAAACAAUGGUUACUUCAACUCUUGUAAUAAAUUCAAUUAUGCUUGGAUUUGCAAGUAUUAUUAUGAGUUGUGCUUUAUUAAUAACAAUUAAAACAAUUUUAAAAGUUAAAGAUCAAUACAAACAAAGUAAAUAAUUACUUACACUAUUUCCAUUUGACAGACUAAUGGAAAAUGCAUAUGUUGUAAGUUUUAUUAGUUAAGACUUACAUUUUUCGGUUUGA